AUGUUUGUCUAUGGAGGUUUCAUGGCGGUGUGCUCGAUUUUAGACACCUUUCACUAACGGGUGUGGCUGAACUAGCCAAAUCCACAAAUUUGAAUGGGUUUCCACAUAUUUUUGUGUAUAUAGUGCAUGUGCAUAAACUGGAUAGAACAACCUGAAACUAAGGGGAUACUGAUUGUGGUGCUGCAGUUAGGGCCAGUACCAUCAUCUGUGGAACUAACUAAUGUGAUACCGACACCUUCAAAUGGUUAUUGUGCCACUCAGGUUGAGCCACCCCUCUUCACUGAGAAUACCCCCCUCCCCGCACAGCCUAUAUGGCCCAGUGACUCACAACAUAAUAAUUGAUUCAUUCCUAUUACUGAUGGUUAUAUUUCAAAUCACAUUAGAAUUACAAGAUGUAGAACAUCCCCAAGCCAGUAAGGAAUGUGCUGUGAUGAGUAAACCUUUUAAAUUCCAGAGGAUAUAGAGAUCUUUUUCUGAAGGGGUGAAUUUUUUUUAUUACAGUCUUUGAGGGAAAUGUGACAAAAUCAAUACCCCUCCUGCCUGCCUGCCAGUCGGAGGCUGUGGGUGAGGAGAUGAGUGAGGAUAUGAGAGUAAACACUGCCAUGGGGACCUGAGUAGAAACCAAGUCACCUGGGACAGACACCGCUGCUCUCAUCUCACAGCCACCAUUUCUCCCUCUCUAGCAUCACUAAACAUGUUGUUUGCUGGCACUGACAGUGCCAUGGCAGGUCAUAACACAACUAGUGCACAAAAGCAAAACUACAAAUGUGUACAAGUCCUUGUAUGGUUAUAUAUUAUAACUUUUUGGGGUGAUAAAUUACCACAGUUAGGGAUUAACAGUAGUUUUAAAUCCCUGAAAUGCUCUGUCAAAACAUACAGGAACAUAGGAACAUACAAAGGAAUCAAUUUGACUCCAGAAAUGGCACUUGAACCAAAUGUGAAUGAAUACACCAUUUCCAUGUAGUUGCAUACUCUCUCCAUCUAGAUUCUACAUAUUGCCAUGCAGUGUGUUACACUUGGGACUGUGGGAGCAAGGGAGGAGGAGAUCAGGGAGUGUGGAUGAUGAGGGGAGAGAAACUCAGAACAGUUACCAACAACUCAGCUCUGAAAAUGGACGUGCAGCAUGGUUCUUGAAUGCAUGCCGUACUUUAUGUAUUCAAGAUGAGUUGGAUGUCCUUUCUCUGUCUGGCCACGGCCUUUCUGGACCUCUGUAGGGGACACAACACUUUGUUUGAAGGAUAUGACUUGUCUAUGUCCAGCUACCACCUGUGUACUCGACAUGAGAGCACGGUGCUAUGAACAGAAGUGGAGAGUUCACUGCUAAGCCAGGGUCCUGUCCUAAGGGUGUAGUGGAGGCACCCAGGAGUGGAGGGUGUGAAUGGGACUUAGACUGCCCAGGCUGGCAAAAGUGCUGCCAGGGAGAAGGCCUUUCUCUCUGUACUGACCCUCAGUCUGCAGGCAGUAGAGGCUGGUGCUUUCAUGUCACUGUGACAGCGAAGAUAGAUUACCAGCGGCUGAUAUCCAUGGACGUGGGAAUCCUGAACCACACAAGGCUGCUGCACUCUGUGGUGACUGGAGCGCUGGACUCUUAUGACAUCUCUGUAUACUAUAUCAGCUCCUGGCCUAUAUGGCCAUUUAGAACCUCCUCCUCUCUGCUGAUUAGUUCCCCUGAAAUUCUGUCCCUGUCCAACACGACCACAAAGCUGCACCUUCUUCUCAUACACAUUGAAGAAGUCACCUCGGUGUCAGUUGAAGACAUGAAUGAGUGUAGCCAUGCCGCUCUCAGCAGCUGCUCACGUCAGGCAGACUGUUCCAACACAGAGGGCUCCUACAGCUGCACCUGCCAUCCAGGAUUAAUUGAUCUCAACCCCAACAACAAAGGGGUACACUGCCAAGCUGCUGACCCUGUGACCUCACCCAUGCCCAAUAAUGCCACUCAUAUGUUCUGGUGGGCCAAUGCUACAGAGUUGCCACCCAACAGCACCAGCUAUCAGUCCUGGGUCUCCAGCUUUACUGAUACCCCAACAGCCAUAGCUACAACCACAGACAGGAGCAUGAUGCUGAGCUCGACCCAUAUACCUGCUACCACACAUAACCCAGUUAAAGCCAGCUCCAAAAGGUCUGAGACCAGUACCGCAGUGACACCCUCGAGUACUGUAUUGACCUCCAGCAGGCCUGAAAUCAGUACAGCGCUCACAUCCUGGAGUAGUUCCACCUCACUCCAGAAUACCACUAACCCCAACUCUCCAACCCUCUCCACCUCGGCCCCCUCUGUACCGGCAUGGCAGACACAUCACCAGCAGACCAGCACUAUGCCACAAACCAGCCUGGACCCCACUCUGGUGGUGUCCCUGAGUGUAUCACCACCAUCUCCAUCCACAUGCAACCCCGCCCCCAUUACCAACCUGCAGGCUUCCAACGUCACUGGCUCCUCCUUCUGCGUGUCCUGGAUGACUGGCCAAUCCCAGAGCGGGUUUAGCUUUCUGGUGGUGCUGAUGGAGGGGUCAAAGGUCAGAGGACGCUGGGAGACAGGGCUGUCAGUCUGGGAGGUAACAUUGUUGAAGCCUGGGGUUCUCUACAACGUUACUGUCAUUUCCUGUCCCUAUGGGAGCCAGGGGGCCAGCCUGCUGCUGCUGGUUAAGACUGCUGCACAGACACUUGGAGCAACAGCUCACCUGACCAAUGUGCAGUUCACUGAUGCCCUGCUGGACCCUACUAGCCAGGCGUAUCAGAAUCUUAGUCGUAGUAUUAUGGAAGAGAUCCUCCAGUCUCUCCCUCCUGAUAUUCUGGCCCUGGUGAACUCAGGAGAUGUGAGGGUUCAGAUCACAGGCCUGGCCCCUGGCAGUGUAGUAGUGAACUUCACCAUCAUUUUCACACCCAGUCAGUCCCAGGACAUCCUGAAAGUGUCCUCUGCUCUGAUGCAGGCCCUACAGAACAGCUCCAGAUACACUGUUGACAGCAACAACACCAGCAUAGAUGAUGUUGAUGAGUGCAGUACAGGGAACAUGGACUGCUCCCCAUGGGCCCAGUGCACUAACACCUGGGGUUCCUACAGCUGUCUCUGUCUGGAUGGAUUCACGGACUCUAACCCCUCUAGGCCGGGACGGGGCUGUUCAGCUCCUUUGACCACAACCACACCUAUGUCCACAACCACAACAAACACUCUGGUUACAAUCAGCAAUACAGUGUCAACCACUACCACCUACAAUACAACCUCAAUUACAUCCAACAAUACAGAUGCAGUUACAACGAACGCACCAGUUACAACCACUGUCAACAAUACAGUUAGAAUCAACAACACAGUUUCAACCAAAACUCCAGUCACAAUCACAGCGCCAGUUCCUACAAAAAUGACCAGCGGUCUCAUGAAAACCAGUCUGCAGCCUGAGACUCCUACAUCUCUGGCUCCUCUGGUCUCUUAUACGGAAGCCAUCUCAGUGGAGUGCAGGGCCAGUGCCAUCACGGUGACAGUGGCCAGAGACUUCCUGUGGUCGGGGCACAUCGGGGACUCUUCCCUGUUCCUAGGGAGACAGGAGUGUGGUGUGAACGGAGGGAACAGUAGCCACGUCCAGCUGACGGUGGCUUGGGACGAGUGUAACACACAGCUCUUAUAUAACAGCACUCACUACACUGCUCAGGUCAAUCUGUACAACUCUAUGAGCUCUCAGCUCUUGCCUGACGACACUACAAGGGUUCCCACAGUACGGCUGAAGGUCCCCAUCAUGUGUACCUUCAGGAGGAGCAUCAUCAUCAUCUCCUCUGGUUACAGCACCACAGGGUACGAUAUGAUCAAAGAUGCCGUCAUGGGCUCAGGGACAUUCUACGUGACAUUUCAGCUCCUGAAUGGAAUGUCACCCCUCCCCCAGAACUACAGCCUAUCUCCUGAGGAGGACGUUGUGGUCGAAGUCAGCGUUGACUCCACGGUUGCCCAGAUCAAAGUGGUCAUCAACAAGUGCUGGGCCACCCAGAGCAGCAACCCCUUAGAACCAACAACCUAUGUUUUUCUGGAAAACAGCUGUCCCCUCCCAAACACAUACACCACAGUCGUGGAGAACGGCAACUCCAGAAAGUCUCGCCUGUCUCUUCGCAUCUUCUCCUACAUCAACCUGAAUGUCAUCUACCUGCACUGCCAGAUACAGAUCUGUAUCGAGACUGGCUCGGCCACCUGCCAGCCUGAUUGCUUUGGGCGGACAGAAAGAUUCUCCAGUCUAAUUGGAACAGCAAAAGCAUCCUGUGGACCAUUGCUUAGAUCACACAAAGUGUCCGUCAAAGAGAGAUCUGAUACUCUUCGUCUGGUGGGCUACAGUUUACUGGGAAUAGGACUAUUCCUCCUCUUCAUCGGGAGUCUCUCUUCCUUGUUCUUCAGCCACAGGAAGCGAAUUGGAACCUACAGCUUCAGCCUCAAACCCAAGCAAGAUAACUCUCCCUAUCAUGUUUUCGAUAUUUAGUGCUGGAACACUUUUAGGCUAGUUUUAAGGAACUCAAAGACAUAGUAAAGUUGGUAUUUCAUUUCUUCAAGCUGUUGCCUAGUAGUCAGAAAUGAAGAGGUCAAUAUACUUAGUUUUUUAAUAAUAUGUCUUAGUUUUUAAUCAAAAUUAAGUGUAUCAAAAGGGCACAAUUCAUUAUUAAUUUGGAUGACAUCACGGUCUCUUCAAUUUUUUCAACAUUGAUGCAUUUAAAUACAUACUGUAUACAAAGCACUGUCUGCCUUGGAAAUUAAUGUUGUCUUGUUAGGAUUUGUAUAGUGACUCUUAUUUAAAAAAUAUCAUAAUAUAUUCUGCAAUCCAUUCAUUUUCUUUUAAACUGAUAUUUUUCUAUAACUGAGAAAAUCUACCAUUUAUAAAUAUGGAAAUUGCAUGUAUUUUAUAAGUAUAUCCUGAAGUCUUCUAAAGUCAAUAGCAGACACAUCCUGAAAUAUUGACCUGCUAAAAUAUGUGAAAUAUGUUCAUAAACGAACAACUAGAAAUAAAAAGGAAUUAUUUGUAUAUUGGAACAUUUGUAGCAGAGGGAGAGAAUAUUCCCCCAAUCUUUAUUUAUGAGGUGAAAUGUUGAAUUUGUGAUACAAUCUAAGAACUACUGUAAUGAUCCAUACACUAGAGGACACUGUUGGGUCAUUGCAUAAAAAAAUUAAAAAAGAGGUAGGACAACAGA